GUUUCUUUGCAGGGCAUGGCACAGAAAGCAAUGCCGGGCACCUCCCCGGAGGGGAUUCGUCCCACCUACAUCUACAAGGUGGUUCUGUUGGGGAGCACAUCAGUGGGAAAGUCAAGCCUAGCCUACCGAUAUGUGAAAAAUGACUUCAGGGAGUCGCUGCCGACUGUGGGAUGCUCCUUCUUCACACAGAUGCUCAGUCUGGAGGAAGCCACCAUCAAGUUUGAGAUCUGGGACACGGCAGGCCAGGAGAAGUACCACAGUGUCUGCCACCUCUAUUACUGGGGCGCCCACGCUGCUCUUCUCGUUUACGACAUCACUAACAAAGAAACGUUCAACAGAGCAAAGCUGUGGCUGAGGGACCUGGAGAAGGAAUUCCUUCCUGAUGAAAUCGUCAUUGCUUUGGUGGGCAACAAGAUGGACCUUGCUGCUGAGCGAGAAGUUGCCACUGAGGAGGGGGAAGAGUUUGCAAGGACCAAAGGCCUUCUGUUCAUGGAGACGUCUGCAAAAUCCAACCACCAAGUAAAUGAUAUCUUUAUGGCCAUAGUGCAAGAGCUCCUGCAGCGGAAACGAGAGGAGGCACCCAAUCAUCGGCUGUUAACAGUCAACCUGGAGGAGAGCAGGACAGGCACAGGGUGCUGCUGACCCUGAGGACGGGCAGCUCUGGACCUCAGCAGUGGCUGGAUGAGGUCUCCAAGAGGAGCAGGGGGACACAUAAGCAGAGGGGCAGCUC